UUUAAAAUAAUCUGAAUUUGUGACCAAAAAACAGUCAAAACAAUGGGUUUCGAUGUGUCGCUGAUCACUACCUGUGCCCAUAAAGUGGUCAUACCUCAGGGCGCGAAGUGUUGUUUCUGUCACCUAUUGCUCGACACCGGAGUCUUACUAUCGGGCUGUCAUCACAGCGCCUGCUAUACCUGUAUGACAGAAAUGGGUCGACACUCGCCCUUCUGUAACAUCGAUGGCAUAGUAUUCGACGCCUCCCUGUCCGCCACCCUACGCCCGAACCACCUCAUCUUUCAAUGGCUCCUACAGGUGCGGGUCAAGUGCCGCUGGUUUGACGGCUAUGUCUGUACCGUCACUUCCAUGCCAUUAGACGACGUACACCGGCAUGAGGACAGUUGUCCAAACAGACCGGGCCUACGACCGCCUGUCGACCCACUGUUGGCACCAAUGUAUCGGUGCAGACACUGCUCAUCCCUGUCCUCCUACCCAUACGUGGGUCGUUUGUGCGGGAAGUGUGGCCUGAGUUCGACCCCUCCCACGGCAAUGCACUUUCCCAUCGUAUUGCUCGUGAAGUACGUAAUGUUUGGCACAUUUGAGACGACAAUCACAGCGCUGGAGGUCAGGGAGGACUCCAUUCGUAUGAAACGUGUCGCCAAGAAUUGCCCGAAAACCAGAUUCCGCUCCAAUAUUAUCAUUCCGUUCACUGGUAUACACACUCUGUUCUACUGUACCGACCCGUCCCUACCGGUGCUAUUCAUUCAAGUGACCAAUGAGUUGAGCGCUAAAUUUCGUGAGCACCUGUCCCUCGGAGACCAGUCCCCCAAUGGACUCAAAUUUGAUGUCACUUCUAAUGACUCGAGGGAACAGUAUAUUAUAAUUAUGUUGAACGAUAGGAUCAAACAAACUCUGGUCUUAAUACUGAAGUGGAUUACUGGUGACCACUGCCUGCCAAUGGAGGCGCCCGAGGGUUGGCUACUGUUGAAUAGGGCCCGCAGUAAGAGUGAUAGUCUCCGAAAUAGCAGUCAAUUCUAUCGGUCAUACUAUCCGUGUGUAACUGACUUAUAAAUGAUGGCAAUAUCUGUCCCUUAAUUAUCAUUAAAAUUGAUGUGACAAAUAAUAUCCUAGGAAAUUGUUUUAUUAGAUAAUAAUUUAAUUAAUAAUAUACUGUAUUUAUUUAUUUAUUUAUAAUAUGAG